AUGCGGCGCAUCAAAAAGUUUGUUCCCGUAACUACUCUGGAAACAGUUUAUAAGGGCUUAGUUCAGCCAUAUUUUGAGUAUUGUUCUCCUUUGUGGGAAACUUGCGGCAAAUUAUGAUUACGAUUUCAGUCACGUGCUGCUAGAGUUCUCACAGGUGCCAGUUUUGAUAUUCGUUCCGCAGACUUAAUUGACUCUCUUUCUUGGCAAACACUUGAUGAUCGACGGCGCUGUGCAAAGUCAAUGUUAAUGUAUAAAAUAUUAAAUGAUCGCACCACCCCCAGCCUAAGGACCUCUUUUGUG